AUGGCCGAGGUCUCUUCUGAAGGGGGCCUCGUGUCUUUCUGGCACUCUUACCGCGUUCCCCUCCUUGUACUGUUCCUGACUGGGUUUAUCGUUGUGCGCGCAUACCGCAAUCUAUCCUCUAAAUCGAAAACCCCCACCGCCUCGUCGAUUCCUCCCUCUCCGCGAAGCCAGUCGCCCGUGAACAAUGAGAAACCUACGGAAAAGACCAGUCCCGCGGCUGCAUCUGAAAAGAGCGACAUUACCCCCGCGAGGAGCCCCUCGCCCAAGUCGACAGGCCCAAAGAGAGUGACCGGGAAGAAGCCGCUGAAAGUCGCCGGUCGCCGCGCCACCUCGGACGAGACCCCUCUAUCUUUCAUCCAGCCCAUUAUCUUCUUCGCCUCUCUGACCGGAUCGACGGAGCGGUACGCCAAAAUCCUGCUGGAGGAGCUGCAGUCUGCCGCGCGCGACCGUGCCGACCCCGACAACCGCGAGCGAGGCCUUCUCCCGCCCCAGAUCCACGACCUCUCCUACGUCGAUUUCGACGACUUCUUUACCGCGGCGCCGAAGCCGCCGUCGACCUCCCCGGGCACCCGAUAUGUCUACUGCAUGCUGAUUCCCUCCUACAACAUCGACACCGUCUUGAACACCUUCCUGGGUCAUCUGGAUGAAACGCACCACGACUUUCGCAUUGACACCGCACCCUUGUCCAGUCUGGCCGGAUACGCCGUCUUUGGAUUCGGAGAUAAAGAGGGUUGGCCUACCGAGGAAGAAGGAUUCUGUUCGCAGGCUAAAGAACUGGACCGAUGGAUGGCCAAGCUGACGGACCGGAAGAGAGCCUACCCGCUCGGAUUUGGCGAUGUCAAGAGCGACGCUGAAUCCGCUUUGAAGGAGUGGUCGCAUGGACUUCAGGACAUUCUUGGAGACAUUGUCGAACACGGUGGUCUCGGUGAAGGCGCUCCUGGAAGCGGAGACCCUCUGGAGAGUGAUGAGGAAGAUGUGGACGACGAAGGACAAACCAGCCGUAGGCGGACCAAGGCUCAAACGGUCGUCGAUCUGGAGGAUAUCAAGAUGGGCCCUGAUGGCCAGAAUACUGGAGGAUCCCCCAUCCCGGUCGACUUCACUACGGCAGGAAAGUCGGCUGCCCCCGCGAGCCAGGGAACGGAAAAGGAGAUGGUUCCUACCACGUCGCCUACCUACGCUGCGCUCACCAAACAAGGAUACACGAUUGUUGGUUCUCACUCUGGUGUCAAGAUCUGCCGUUGGACCAAGUCUGCCCUGCGUGGCCGCGGUUCGUGCUACAAAUUCUCGUUCUAUGGAAUUCGCUCGCAUCUGUGUAUGGAGGCGACGCCGUCGCUCUCCUGCAGCAACAAGUGUAUCUUCUGCUGGCGACACGGUACGAACCCGGUGGGCACUACGUGGCGGUGGAAGGUGGAUUCGCCAGAACUCAUUUUCAACGGAGUGAAAGAAGGCCAUUACAAAAAGAUCAAGCAGCUGAAAGGUGUGCCCGGUGUCCGAGCGGAACGGUUCGCUGAGGCGAUGCGCAUCAAGCACUGCGCUCUGAGUCUGGUGGGCGAGCCGAUUUUCUACCCGCACAUUAACCGGUUUUUGGACAUGCUUCACAGCGAGCACAUUUCGAGUUUCCUCGUCUGCAAUGCGCAGCAUCCCGACCAGCUCGAAGCGUUGCACCGCGUGACGCAGCUGUACGUGUCCAUCGACGCCAGCAACCGGGAGAGCUUGCGAAAGAUUGACCGUCCCCUCCACCGAGACUUCUGGGAGCGGUUCCAGCGAUGCCUCGACAUCCUGCGGGAGAAGCGUCAUGUGCAGCGGACGGUCUUCCGUCUCACGUUGGUGAAGGGAUUCAACCUGGACGAUGAGGUCGUCGGAUACGCCAACCUUGUCGAGAAAGCGUUGCCCUGUUUUGUCGAGAUCAAGGGCGUAACCUAUUGCGGCACCAGCACCAGCGCGGGGGCCGGACUGACCAUGCAGAAUGUCCCGUUUUACGAGGAGAUCCAGACAUUCGUCCUCGCCCUGAACGAGGAGCUCGAGCGCCGCGGGCUGAAAUACGGCAUCGCAGCCGAGCAUGCGCACAGCUGCUGCGCAUUGAUCGCAUCGGAGCGGUUCCAUGUGAAUGGCAAAUGGCACUCGCGCAUCGACUACGACCGGUUCUUUGAGCUGCUGGAGAAGGAAAAGGCGGAUGGCACGUCGUUCACCCCGGAGGAUUACAUGAAGGAGACGGAGGAAUGGGCUCUCUGGGGGAAUGGGGGCUUCGACCCGAAGGACGAGCGGGUGUAUAGCAAGGGGAAGAAGAAGAAGAUGGCGCUUGCUGGAGCUGGAGCUGAGUAG